AUGGCCUCUGGAGAUGACUUCUAUACCGAUGUCCCUGGGACGGUCUAUCUAGUUGACGCGUCGCGUACACUCAACGAUGCCGCACAUGCUGGAAACCAAGACAUCCUACUUAUACCACAACCAUCUGCCUCUCUUGCAGAUCCACUCAACUGGCCUCGUUUCAAGAAGUUGUGGUCCCUCUUCUUGAUAUCAGCUUAUGCCUGCGUAUUCUCCUUUGGCGAGAACAAUUGGGGCGCAUCAUGGACCCUAAUCUCAGAAGAUACAGGUGUUAGCUUGACCAAUAUGAAUGGUGGCAGCGCACUGAACUAUCUCCUCCUGGGAUUUUUCAACAUCAUUUGGAUUCCAACGGCAAUGAAGGUGGGGCGCAAGAUUGUCUACAUCUUGAGUCUGGUCAUCCUUCUGGGUGGCAGUGUAUGGGGCGGAUUCUACCACGGGACGGCUCAAUACUACAUCAUGCUGGCAAUUCAGGGUAUUGGCACGGCGGCUUAUCAGGCUUUGAUUCAAUUGACAAUUUUCGAUAUGUUCUUUACCCAUGAGCGUGGCCGUAUGGUUGCAAUCUACAUCUUCUUCCAACAGCUGGGCUCCAUCCUGGGACUGAUUCUGGGAGGAUACAUCAGUGAUGGUAUUGGCUGGCGGUGGUCCUCGCCAAUUGUCGCAAUCGCAUGUGGUGUUCUAAUUUUAUUAUUCAUCUUCACAUUCGACGAUACCAUGUUCCCAAGAUAUCGGUUCAACCAAACCUCAAACCUCUUGCACUCGAACAAUAAUACCGAACCAAAAGAGCAGCUUGCAAAGGAGACUCAAAAUGAGCCUCCAAUUUCCGAAAUCGACAGUCACAGUAUUGGAGAUGAUAUUCCACCUCGUUCAUACAGGCAAAAGAUUGCUUUAGUCCAUUACUUUUCUGAUGACAAGACAACUUGGUUCCAAUACUUCCGUCGUCCAUUCUAUCUUUUUGCCUUCCCCAAUAUCGUGCUUGCCGGUAUCCAAUUUGCUUUUGGAUGCACGGCGGGUAUUGUCUCUUUCAACACUAUUUCGGAGAUCAUGACAGAUGCGCCUUACAAUUGGAGUGCAGGUUCUACUGGACUUAUUUUCCUGGCUGCACUUGUUGGUAAUUUCCUAGGAAUGGGUGUCGGUUCACUGUCAGAUUGGGUCGUCCUCGUCCUGGCCCGCCGGAAUAAAGGUUACAAGGAGCCUGAGAUGCGUCUCUGGGUCUAUAUUUUCCCAUUCUGCUUUGCCGCGGUCGGAUAUUUGACCUAUGGCUGGGCUGCCACCAAUGGAGAUCACUGGAUGGCCAUUGCUGUCGGCUUGUGUUGUCUCAUCGCGCAACAAGUCUCGAUUACCAGUUUGGCAACAGCAUAUGCCAUGGAAUGCUUCGACGGGAUUUCUGGUGAACUCGUUGUCGUACUCGCCAUCUGCUCGUCCUUGAUCAACUUCGCCAUCUCGUAUUCCGUGCAGCCAUUCAUCGACAGCACAUCCUAUGGAUGGACAUUUACCUGCUACGGUAUCCUCGUGACUUUAUCUGUCUUGAUGGGCGUUCCCAUGAUUAUUUGGGGGAAGACAUGGCGCCGGAAGUGCAAGGCACGAUACGAACUCUUCCUGGCGGAGACUCGCUCCAGUACACGCUAA